GCCUCGACGCUCGCAUCGCCUUAACAAAGGAUUUUCCCGCGGAUACAAAUGGCGUCUUUUUAGCGCAACGUGAUUUUUGUUUGUUGUCGAUUUGUUGCAACAUAAAGUUGGCAAAGAUAAAUUUCGAAAAAUGACCAAUACGAAUGGAUUUUCAGAUUCACAAGAAUCUGCUCUGCUUGGUGAAGAAGAGUAUAAAGAACUGGAAAAAGAACUUGAUUUUAUACCCGCGUUUUGGACACAAAACGUAAGUGAGACCAAAGUAGAAGAAAAAUAUGAUGUAAUUUUAACAGAAUAUUUAGAAGAAGAAAAACAAAUGGGGGAUGAUGAACAGUACUUUCAACCUGAAACAUCUAUUCCAGUAAAAGAAGAAUUUCCGGGUCGUCAUAACUUUCAAGUUUCUCUGGCUAAUCAAGAUUCAAGUAAACAUUGGGUUUACUCUCAGACAUUAAAAAAAGUGUUCAUUAACAUGGAAGAAACAUUACCCUUGCGAUUUAAAUGGGAGCCACCAAUAGAUGGUUUUCUUUUGCGUACUGCCAUGGUUUUUAGUUUAGAUCAAUACGCUAGCGACCCAGUUAGAAGGUGUCAUAAUCACAUGGCACCAAACAAUUCAAGUAAUAGAGAUAUAGAUCCUAGAGUAAUUAAACAUGUUAUUCGUUGCACAGAUCAUAUGAGCAUGUAUGAGGAAAGGAAUGAACAUUUGUCUAUAGUAACACCCCUUCAUACUCCACAACCUGGUUCACAGUAUGUGCCAGUGGGUUUUAAGUUUUUAUGUAAAAAUAGUUGUCCGUCUGGUAUGAAUCGUAGACCUACAGAAUUGAUUUUCACUUUAGAAGAUCGUAAGAGAAAAGUAUUAGGUAGAAGAAGACUUCCUGUUAGAGUUUGUAGUUGUCCAAAAAGAGAUAAGAAAAAGGAAGAAGCAGAAAUAGUUGAUGCACAACCUGAUUUAAAGAAAAGAAAACUUUGUAUGUCAGUUGGAAAAAAAAUGAUGCCUUCGUGUGAUACUCAUGUAUUCAGUGUUCAGUUAAAUAUAGUUGGCAAAGAAAAUUAUUUGGCAGUAUUAAAGUAUGCAUAUGACAUUAUGGCAGGUCAAGCUUCCCGAACUGGACAAUUUGAAUUUUUUAAACCAUACAUGGACGAUAUAUUACGUAAAACUCCGUGAUGCAUAUUUGUAUGAAUUUUAUCUUUCAUAUGAUCUUAUGUGCCUUAAAAAAGGAAAAUAUUUUAUAUGUUUUAAUGUUAUCUAUUUGUAUACCUUACGAAUUUAACAUGCAUGCCUUAAUUAAUAAUGCAUUUUAUUCCAUGUUGAUUUAACAUGGGAUUAUACUUUUCUAUAUUACAUGCAAUUUAUAAUGCAUGCUAAUAUUUACUUAAGUAUUCUUUUAUUAACAUUGUGAUACUUCGACAUUUUUAUAUUAAAAUAUAAAUUUGUUAAUAAUAAUAAAUAAAUAAUUGUAUUAUUUUCUCAGAUAAGAUAUGUAUUUUAUACUCCCAGUUGUUCAUAUGAGUGACAUUCUCUUAAUUGAAUGUUCAGUGUGUGCAACAGUAAAGUAUUUGGCAGAGGUGCAAUAUGUUGUGGUGUUAAUAUCGUUGGAUUCACGAGACUUACAACAUUUCUUCUCAUCUUUAUUUCAGUACCGUUUUCUCCUUGGCCAUGUAAAAUCCAUUCCCAUACAAUUUUGUCUCCUAUGGCACUACUUAUCCAAACAAUUUCUCGUUCACACU